GAGCUGAUGAAUUAACUAGUGGAACCCUAACGUACAGCCAUGGUUAAUUGUAAUCUUGAUUUUGUGUUGUUGCAGAGCACGGUACCAGGAUACAUGUAUGAGCGAUAACACCUGGUGUGAGGGUGAGUAUAUACGCAACUGCAUGACGAGAGCGAGCUCCCCCAGCGAGCGGCGGUCGGGCAGGCGUCGGUAGCUCCGGCGGCGACGCGCGGGGGCGCCGUACAGCGAAGAGGUGAAGGAGAAGGAGCGUGAAGAAGUAGAAGAAGAAGAAGAAGAGUUGACACUAUCUCGAUAAUGGCGACGAUAGACGGCAGACCAGCUCUCUACGAGCUCUCUCUCAAGCAGCUCAGAGAGCUCAUGGAAGAGAGAGGGCCCACUGCCGUAGAAAUGGUCAAGGAAUAUGGCGGCUGCGCUGAAAUAUGUAGGAAAUUACACUCGAACCCACAGAGAGGCUUGAGCGGUGACUCCGCUGAUAUUCAACAUCGUCGCGAAGUAUUUGGUUCUAACGUGAUCCCGCCCAAGGCUGCGAAAACCUUCCUUAUGUUAGUGUGGGAGGCGCUACAAGACGCUACCCUCAUCAUUCUGCAAGUCGCUGCUCUCAUCUCAUUAGGAUUAUCAUUCUAUAAGCCCCCAGAAAGCGAUGAUGCAGAUAUAACGGUUCACCACGACCCGGGCGAGGAGAAGGCAGGCUGGAUAGAAGGCGUGGCGAUCUACGUGUCUGUGGUGGUGGUUGUGCUGGUCACGGCCUUCAGUGACUACACCAAAGAGCGGCAGUUCCGCGGCCUGCAAAACAGGAUAGAAGGCGAACACAAGUUUGCUGUCAUCCGCAACGGCGAAGUGCAGCAGAUCAACGUGGGCGAUAUCGUCGUGGGUGACAUUUGUCAGGUGAGUGACUCUGAUGGUGGGUGAAUGUUUUGGUUAGUUACUGGUUGUGGGUUAACGAGUCAGACUAGUGCGUGUAACAACGAGUCAGGCUAGUGACAUGUGACAACUAGUCAGUGNUAUUUCAUUUGUGACCCUAUGCUGCUCUCCGGCACGCACGUUAUGGAAGGCUCCGGCAAGGUGCUCGUGACGGCUGUAGGCAUCAACUCUCAGGCUGGCAUCAUCUUCACUCUGCUCGGUGCUGCCGUGGAUGAGGAGGCUGCAGAGGCUAAGAAGAAGAGGAAGGAAGCUAAAAAGCAACGUAAGAAGCAACAGAAAGCUGCUGCUGCUGCCGCCGCUGAUCAAGGUGCCGCGGCUACCGCUACUGCCGCCGAUGCCACUGGCAACUCGCAUGCGAACUCUGCCGGCGUCGCCGACGGUGACAUGAAGCACAAGAGCGACGACGGCAAGGCUCCUUCAGAGGAGAGAGAAGGCGCUAGCAGCGGCGGUGGUGGCAUGGGCGAGAAGAGUGUUCUGCAGGCCAAACUCACCAAACUCGCCAUACAAAUCGGUUACACUGGUUCCCUUAUCGCCAUCCUGACGGUUCUUAUCCUGGUGCUGCGCUUCUGCAUCCAGACGUUCGUUAUAGACAAGAAGGAGUGGAGCGGCUACUACGCUAACCAUCUCGUGCAGUACUUCAUCAUCGGCGUCACGGUGCUGGUCGUGGCUGUGGCUGUGUGGUGCAGCGUGCUUCUUGCCGUCACGCUCUCACUGGCAUACUCUGUUAAGAAAAUGAUGAAGGAUAACAACCUGGUGCGUCACUUGGAUGCCUGCGAGACAAUGGGCAACGCGACGUCCAUUUGCUCCGACAAGACAGGCACGCUCACCACCAACCGCAUGACGGUCGUGCAGAGCUACGUGGGUGGUGUCCACCACAAGACCACACCGCGUUACGACGACCUGAACCGCAACCUGGCCGAGGUUCUGGUGACGGCGAUCUCGAUCAACUCCGCGUACACGUCGCGUGUGCUGCCCGGCGACAACCCUGGCGACCUGCCCAAGCAGCUCGGCAAUAAAACGGAGUGCGCGCUGCUUGGCUUCGUGCUGGCGCUGGGUAAAAGCUAUCAAGUUUACCGCGACGAGCUUCCUGAAGAAUGCAUCCAUAAAGUCUACACUUUCAACUCCAUACGCAAGUCAAUGAGCACAGUCAUCCCGCGCAAAGAAGGCGGAUUUAGGAUCUACACUAAGGGCGCUUCCGAGAUGGUUAUGAAAAAAUGUUCCUUCAUCUACGGCAAGAACGGCAAGCUUGAGAACUUCACGAAGCAGAUGCAGGAACGUCUCAUCAAAGACAUUAUUGAGCCAAUGGCAUGCGACGGCCUUCGUACAAUUUCGGUGGCGUACAAAGACUUUGUCCCUGGCCACGCUGAAAUCAACCAGGUCCAUUUCGACACGGAACCAAACUGGGACGAUGAAGACCGCAUUAUCAGCAACCUGACGUGUAUCUGCGUCGUUGGUAUCGAGGACCCAGUACGUCCAGAAGUGCCCGAUGCCAUCAAGAAAUGCCAGAGAGCAGGCAUUACCGUGCGCAUGGUAACAGGCGACAACGUCAACACGGCACGAUCCAUUGCCUCUAAAUGUGGCAUCCUCAAACCCGGUGACAACUCCCUCGUUAUUGAGGGCAAAGAGUUCAACAGUAGAAUCAAAGACAACAAUGGAAAGGUGCAACAACACCUGCUCGACAAGGUGUGGCCCAGCCUGCGCGUACUGGCGCGCUCAUCACCCACGGACAAGUGCACGUUAGUCAAGGGAAUUAUUGAGAGUAAAGUGAACGCCAACAGGGAGGUGGUCGCCGUCACAGGGGACGGCACCAACGAUGGGCUUGCUCUCAAGAUGGCUGAUGUUGGCUUUGCUAUGGGCAUCGCUGGCACGGACGUCGCUAAGGAAGCCUCUGACAUCAUCCUGACGGAGGACAACUUCUCCUCGAUCGUGAAGGCCGUGAUGUGGGGGCGCAACGUGUACGAUUCCAUCGCCAAGUUCCUGCAGUUCCAACUCACCGUCAACGUCGUGGCCGUGGUCGUCGCCUUCGUAGGGGCUUGUGCCAUCAACGACAGUCCAUUGAAGGCUGUUCAAAUGUUGUGGGUGAAUUUGAUCAUGGACACGCUGGCGUCGUUGGCGCUGGCCACGGAGCCCCCAACUCCUGACCUGCUGCUCCGUAAGCCUUAUGGUCGCACAAAGCCUCUCAUUUCCAGGACCAUGAUGAAGAACAUCCUAGGACAAGCUGUUUACAUCAUCUCCACUAUCUUCAUACUGCUCUUCUAUGGUGAGCUUAUUUACUACCGUGCAGGAGACGUGCUUUUGGACAUUGACAGCGGUCGCUGGGCUGAUAUCAGAGAUCCGCCCUCGGUUCACUUCACGGUCAUUUUCAACACAUUUGUCAUGAUGACACUCUUCAACGAAAUCAACGCCCGCAUGAUCCACGGCCAGCGAAACAUUUUCCGUGGUAUCUUCUCAAACCCCAUCUUCUGUUGCAUCUGGAUCAGCACCUUUGUCGCUCAGAUCUUGAUCGUACAAGUGGGCGGUGUGGCGUUCUCGACGGCCCCCUUGUCCCUGGAGCUGUGGUUCUGGUGCAUCUUGUUUGGUGCCGCGACGCUCCUGUGGGGCCAGGUCAUCACUAGCAUCCCCACACACUCCCUGCCCAAAAAUGUCUUCUCAUGGGGAUCAGGAGAACCUGCCAGUGACCCCAUCGCUGAUCUCAACAACGACGACAAGACAGAUUUUGACAACAAAGACAACAAGCGCACGGGACAAAUUCUUUGGAUCCGAGGCUUGACUCGUCUUCAAACUCAGUUGAGAGUUAUUCGAGCAUUCAAGUCGAACCUGGAAGAUCUGGAAGAGCGCCGUUCAAGCCACAGUAUUCAGGGAUUACAGACCAUACGCAACUCUCGGAACGCGCUCUACAACAGAUCAGACCAUCACUACACGAACACUGUGGGGCCCCAAAAAUCGCCCUCUGCGGAUGCUGGAGCAUCUUCCGCUUCUGCAGCAGCUACUGCUGGUGGCGAGACCGAGCUACUAGUUCCACGCUCCCCACCCUCGUCUAAUCCCUCUGCUACUACUCAAAAUUCGAGUUGUUAAUGCGUUCCGACAGGGAUUGGAUGCGCGCCCAUCGAACCCGAACUUGGCAGCGGUGCUGAGGAAGC